ACCAACUCUCGCGAGAGGUCGCCAUAGCUUCGCGAAGUCUCGCGGUUCCCCCAAUAAAACGGUGCGAGCCGCUGGAGAAACAAGAUUCAACCGAAACCGGCUCCGGAUCUUCGGCUGUGAAGCGUCGGACGCGUCGGUGGAUCCACUCAGCUGCUGUUGUGUUCGAGGCCCGCGACAUGUCUGACAGCGAGGAGAGCGACUACUCCGACAACCAGAGCGAGCGCAGCAGCGACGGGGAGGCCGAGGAGGUGGAGAAUGAGGCGGAGGCGACGAGCCCCGUGGGCAGCGACAAGGUAGCCGAGGAGGAGGGAGAGGACCUGGAGGAUGAGGAGGAGUAUGACGAAGAGGAGGAGGAGGACGAUGACGACCGUCCCAGGAAGAAGCCGAGACACGGAGGAUUCAUCCUGGAUGAAGCCGAUGUGGACGACGAGUACGAGGAUGAGGACGAUCAGUGGGAGGAAGGAGCUGAAGAUAUUUUGGAGAAAGAGGAGGCUGAAGUGUCGACCAUCGACCACGUGGUUCUGGAUGAGGACCACUCUGGCUCCAGGAGGCUGCAGAACCUCUGGAGAGACUCCAGAGAGGAGGCGCUGGGUGAAUACUACAUGAGGAAGUAUGCCAAGUCUUCAGGAGGGGAGCAUUACUCCGGAGGGUCAGAGGAGCUGUCUGAUGACAUCACCCAGCAGCAGCUACUUCCUGGGGUCAAGGAUCCAAAUCUGUGGACGGUCAAGUGCAAGAUCGGAGAGGAGAGGGCGACAGCCAUCGCAUUGAUGAGGAAGUUCAUCGCCUACCAGUUCACCGACACACCCCUGCAGAUCAAGUCGGUGGUCGCCCCGGAUCACGUCAAAGGCUACAUCUACGUGGAGUCCUACAAACAGACGCACGUCAAGUCCGCUAUUGAGGGCAUUGGCAACCUGAGGAUGGGCUUCUGGAACCAGCAGAUGGUUCCAAUCAAAGAGAUGACAGACGUCCUCAAGGUCGUCAAAGAGGUCACGAACCUGAAGCCCAAGUCCUGGGUGCGACUGAAGAGAGGCCUGUACAAGGACGACAUCGCUCAGGUCGACUACGUGGAGCCGAGUCAAAACACCAUCUCCCUGAAGAUGAUCCCUCGAAUAGAUCUGGACCGUAUCAAGGCCAAGAUGAGUCUGAAAGACUGGUUCGCUAAGAGGAAGAAGUUCAAGAGGCCUGCACAGAGGCUGUUUGAUGCUGAGAAGAUCAGGUCCCUGGGUGGGGAGGUCAGCCAUGAUGGAGACUUCAUGAUCUUUGAAGGGAACCGUUACAGCCGCAAAGGAUUCCUGUUUAAGAGCUUUGCCAUGUCUGCAGUGAUCACAGACGGAGUGAAGCCGACUCUGUCCGAGCUGGAGAAGUUUGAGGACCAGCCUGAAGGAAUCGACCUGGAGGUGGUCACAGAGUCAGGUAAAGAGCGUGAACACAACCUGCAGGCCGGUGACAACGUGGAGGUGUGUGAGGGAGAGUUGAUCAACUUGCAGGGGAAAAUCCUGAGUGUGGACGGCAACAAGAUCACCAUCAUGCCCAAACACGAAGACCUGAAGGACCCUCUGGAGUUCCCGGCUCACGAGUUGAGAAAAUAUUUCCGGAUGGGCGACCACGUGAAGGUGAUUGCUGGACGAUAUGAAGGAGACACCGGCCUCAUCGUCAGAGUGGAGGAGAACUUUGUCAUCCUCUUCUCUGACCUCACCAUGCACGAGUUGAAGGUAUUACCCAGAGACCUGCAGCUCUGUUCGGAGACGGCGUCCGGUGUUGAUGCGGGGGGGCAGCAUGAGUGGGGGGAGCUGGUCCAACUUGACCCACAGACGGUUGGAGUCAUUGUCCGACUGGAGAGAGAAACCUUCCAGGUGUUGAACAUGCACGGGAAGGUCCUGACAGUGCGCCACCAGGCGGUGAAUCGCAGGAAGGACAACCGCUUUGCCGUGGCGCUGGACUCGGAGCAGAACAACAUCCACGUCAAGGACAUUGUGAAGGUCAUCGACGGGCCGCACUCGGGUCGCGAGGGCGAGAUCCGACACCUGUUCAGAGGCUUCGCCUUCCUCCACUGUAAGAAGCUGGUGGAGAACGGAGGCAUGUUUGUCUGCAAGACCAGACACCUGGUGUUAGCUGGUGGAUCCAAGCCCAGAGACGUGACCAACUUCACCGUGGGAGGAUUCGCUCCCAUGAGCCCUCGCAUCAGCAGCCCCAUGCACCACGGAGGAGGAGGAGGUGCUCAGCAGAGAGGAGGAGGAGGAGGUGGUGGUGGAGGAGGUGGUGGAGGAGGAGGAAUGGGACGGGGCCGAGGUCGGAGAGACAACGAACUGAUUGGUCAGACAGUUCGUAUCUCUCAGGGACCAUACAAAGGAUACAUCGGUGUGGUGAAGGACGCGACAGAGUCGACAGCCAGAGUGGAGCUUCACUCCACCUGUCAGACCAUCUCUGUGGACAGGCAGCGCUUAACGACCAUGGGCGCUAAGAGACACAGUGGAAUGACAUCCACUCACGGACGCACUCCGAUGUACGGCUCUCAGACUCCGAUGUACGGCACCGGCUCCAGAACGCCCAUGUACGGCUCCCAGACGCCGCUGCAUGAUGCUGGAAACCGUACGCCUCACUACGGCUCUCAGACCCCGCUGCAUGAUGGGAGCCGGACGCCAGGUCAGAGCGGGGCCUGGGACCCCAGCAACCCAAACACACCUUCCAGAAACGAGGAAGAGUACGACUUCGGCUACGAUGACGAGCCCUCCCCCUCUCCUCAGGGAUAUGGGGGAACCCCCAACCCCCAGACCCCAGGUUACCCAGAAGUCCCCUCUCCUCAGGUCAACCCUCAAUACAAUCCUCAGACACCUGGCACGCCCGCGAUGUACAACACAGAGCAGUAUUCUCCCUAUGCAGCUCCCUCCCCACAGGGCUCCUAUCAGCCCAGUCCCAGUCCUCAGAGCUACCACCAGGUGGCGCCCUCACCGGUCGGCUACCAGAACACACACUCUCCUGCCAGUUACCAUCCGACGCCGUCCCCCAUGGCUUAUCAGGCCAGUCCCAGCCCCAGUCCUGUGGGCUACAGUCCCAUGACGCCUGGAGCGCCCUCUCCUGGAGGCUACAACCCUCACACCCCGGGCUCCAACAUCGAGCAGGGCAGCAGCGACUGGGUGACAACUGACAUCCUGGUCCGAGUGAAAGACUCCUUCAUGGACCUGAUGGGACAGACGGGCGUCAUCAGGAGCAUCACG